GCAUAGUAGUGUAUUUAGUUGACGUUUGAAUAAGGUCCGUUGAACAAUAGACGUAUCAUCAAAUAUAUUUCUAUUAGUUUAAAGAUUUUUAAGUAAAGAUGGGUCGUAUUGUCGUGUUUACUACGAUGUCAGUUUUAACACAACAUAUCAAAAGAAUUAUGCCAAAACUAGAUUUAAUUUAUAUUAAUCCAGAAAGCAAUACUGAAUCACUUAAAUUGGAUGACGUUGAGAUAAUGAUAGCAGACUGUCGAUACUUGCCAAAAAUAAAAGGCAAAUUGAACAAUAUUAAAUGGAUCCAGUCGAUAUCAGCGGGAGUUGAACAACUAAUUGAAUUACGUCAUGAAAAAAACAUUAACUUUGUAAUUACUAGGUUCGUUGAUGAGACUUAUGGUUUAGAUAUGGCUGAGUACAUUAUUAUGCAAAUCGUUGCUUUUGAAAGACGACAAAGAGAAGAAUAUGAAACACUUAAAAGCGCGGUUUGGCCACAUAAUUCAAUGUUUGUUUCUCGGAGAUUAAUUUCUCAAAUGAAUAUUGGGAUUAUGGGUAUCGGCAACAUUGGAAAAGUCGUUGCAAGGACUUUGAAACAUUUCAAUGCUAAAAUUUGGGGCUUAACUCGAACGAUUCCAACUACAAAAGAGCCUUACAUUGACGAGUAUCGGAUGACAAGUUCAUUACCAGAAUUUCUAUCUAACUGUCAUUAUAUCAUAAAUAUAAUGCCGGCCACUCCAGAGACUAAUGGGCUAUUGAAUGGCGAUAUAUUAAAAAAUUGUAAAGAAAAUAAUGCAAUUUUUAUGAACGUUGGUAGAGGAAAUAUAAUUAAAGAGGAUGACUUGGUGAACGCUCUUGAAAAUAAAUGGAUAACUGCUGCAAUUCUAGACGUUUUUGAAGUCGAGCCUUUACCAUCAACCAGCAAACUUUGGGCAAUGCCUCAGGUGAUAAUAACACCACACAAUGCGUGUACUGUAAGAGCAGAUGGUAUUGCAAACUUAUUCAAAAGUAAUUACGAAAAAUACAUGAAAGGUGAAACAUUACCAAAUGUAUUGAAUAUUCAACACGGAUAUUGAUAACAGAUACAAAAAUAUUUUUGAAUAUUAAUUUUAUUAUUCAUUUAUAUAUCAAAUAUUAUAUUACGUAUUUUUAUCAGUAUUAUAUACUUUUAUCAAAUGUAUCAAGUACGGUAGAAAUAAAAUUAUUUUUUUUUAUCUUAA